UUUUUUUUUUUUCUAGAAAGUGAGCGGCGGAGAUUUGAGCUGCUCACUAUGAGCCUGUCUUAAAAGAAUAUCAACAACAGCUUCCACUCGGCCGCACUCAGAAAAAGUUGGACUCUUUCGCGCAGCCGUUUGCGGUGUUUUUUCGUCUUUUGUGGCUGCAUCUGCGCUUUUUUGGGGGGGACGACAGCAUAAAUUCCAGUGUGGAGUUUAUGCGCUUUGUUACGUUCACAAGUAUGCCAGCAGGAAACAACAGGAAAAGGCUGUCUUUCAUUGCAGAUUUCGACAGCUAACACACUUUGGAAGAAGACCAAGUUCUCGACUUGUGAAAUUUAGAAUGACCCGGGACAACUUUUACUGAGUGUCGUCGUGAUUUUCAGAUUUCCUCCGGCGUGAAAAGAAAAAAAAAGUUUUGGAUUGGCUCACGUUUCUUUUUUUGAGUUCCUAAACCGAACUUUUUUUUUUUUAAACAUAAAGUUGGGAGACUGUUUUGGGACGAUGGAUCCGAGCCAGCACAACCCCCCUGCCGGACACCAGAUCGUCCAUGUACGGGGCGACUCUGAGACUGACCUAGAGGCGCUUUUUAACGCCGUGAUGAACCCGAAAGGCAACGCCGUGCCCCACUCGGUGCCCAUGAGGAUGAGGAAGCUGCCAGACUCCUUCUUCAAACCCCCAGAACCAAAGUCUCAUUCCAGACAAGCCAGCACUGAUGCUGGGAGUGGCGGAGUGCUCACCCCCCACCAUGUCCGAGCACACUCAUCCCCUGCUUCCCUGCAGAUAGGAGCCGUUUCUGGUGGCUCACUGUCUGGCAUGGGCUCAGCAGGUGCCUCUCCUCAACAUCUUCGUCAGUCUUCUUAUGAGAUUCCUGAUGACAUGCCCCUGCCUCCAGGGUGGGAGAUGGCCAAGACCGCCUCUGGGCAGAGAUACUUCCUCAACCACAUGGAUCAGACCACCACUUGGCAGGACCCUCGCAAGGCCAUGCUCCAGCUGAACCAGCCUCCCCCUGCCAGUUCGGUGCCGGUCCAGCAGCAGAAUAUUAUGAACCCAGCCAGUGGACCCCUCCCUGAUGGCUGGGAACAAGCUAUCACAGCAGAGGGAGAAAUUUACUACAUCAAUCACAAGAACAAGACCACAUCCUGGCUGGACCCACGACUUGAGCCACGCUACGCCCUGAACCAGCAGAGGAUCUCCCAGAGUGCUCCAGUGAAACAGGCAGGGCAGCUGCCCCCCAGCACCCACAGUGGAGUCAUGGGAGGCAACAACCAGAUGAGGCUGCAGCAGCUGGAGAAGGAGAGACUGAGACUGAAGCAACAGGAGCUGCUUCGGCAGAGACCACAGGAGCUCGCUCUAAGGAACCAGCUGCCCACCAGCAUGGAUCAAGAUGGCAGCACGAACCCCGUGUCCUCCCCUAUGGCCCAAGAUGCCCGGACCAUGACGGCCAACAGCUCUGAUCCAUUCCUCAACAGCGGGACCUACCACUCCAGGGAUGAGAGCACAGACAGCGGCUUGAGCAUGAGCAGCUACAGUGUCCCUCGCACUCCGGACGACUUCCUGAACAGUGUGGAUGAGAUGGACACAGGGGACCCGCUCGCACCCAUGGCAACGCAGCCCAGUCGUUUCCCCGACUACCUGGAUGCCAUUCCGGGAACAGACGUGGAUCUGGGCACCCUGGAGGGGGAGAGCAUGGCGGUGGAAGGCGAGGAGCUGAUGCCCAGCCUGCAGGAGGCGCUGAGCUCCGACAUCCUCAGCGACAUGGAGUCCGUGCUGGCAGCUACCAAGCUGGAGAAGGAGAGCUUCCUCACAUGGUUGUAGAAGAGCUGAGCGGGCCGCUCCUUCCUCACUCCUCUCCCUCCUCUCUGAACUUCUGCCUGCUCUAAUCUGUGAAGGAAUCAUAGAUGCUUUUACCAGACAUUUCAGCGAGCCUCUCGGGACGUCUGUGUCAGCAUGUAAGGCCAACCUCUUUCUCUGGCAGUAUUCUGUUCUCUUCACUAGUUAUCUCUUUAUUUUGUCUGUGUCUUCAAGGCUGGCCUAUGAACAGACAAUUAUGCAAGGGUCCCCAAAUUUUUCACAGGUCUGUCAGUGAAUCUAGGGCAUAUUUACCCUCCGGGCAGGUGCUUAUACUCGUCUGCCACCAUCAGUUAUCCCCUGGAGUCUCUGGAGCCUUUUUUUCUUGCAGAAUAGCGUGAAGCAUCACUACUUAACUGUUUUUGGGACUUUUGCAUCUAGCUAGUAGCUUUAUAUUUGGCCUCAUGCUUUUCUUUAUUAUCAUUUUUCCAACAAGCCUGAGAAACCAAAAAUGAUGUAUUUGGAGCAUAAAGAACAAUACUGAUUUGGAGUAAAGGUAACGUGAGGCCCGUGUUUC